AUGAGAGGUGCCUGUGCCCCGCCCAGCGCCUCGUCGGUGCUCGCGAAGGCUGCUGCAGAUUGUGGCAGUGGCCGCGGGCUUGGCGCUCAUGUCGGUGCUGCCGUUGGACGGGUCGGCCGCCUUCGUCACUGGGCGUGCCACGCAGCUCCGCCAGCCAGGAG